UGAGUCAUGGCAGCAGAGCCCCUGACUCAACGCUGCUUUGGUUAAUCAGUAACCAGAGUGGGAGCACCGUGAGUGACUGGCUGGGUUAAAGUAAGCGAGCAGAGGAGUCGGGACCUCACACAGCACUUCACGCAGAAGCAGACGACACACGAAGGAAUCGUUUAAAGGCGACUACCAGCAGAAGCUUAAAAUGCAAAGAACGCCUCUUCUAGUCCUCCUACUAUGUUGCUGCCUGUCAGCAGGUCAGGCCAACCGUGUCUACAUUCACCCCUUCCAACUUUUUGCUGCCAAAAAUGUCAGCUGUGAGACCCUGCAGACCCAGCCGUCCAAGCCCAUGGAGACACUACCUGUGAUCCCCCUUGAUAUGGAAGUCCUGACACCAGACGGCAGGGACCAGUCGAAACUGGACUCUCAGAGGCAGAACAUCACAGAGAGGACAGCGGUUCUUGCAGAGCUGUUAAACACUCUGGGCCUGAGGAUGUACCAGGCUCUCAGCAGCAAGCAGCACAGCACUAACACCCUCCUCUCUCCAGUCAACACCUAUGGAUCGCUCGUCACUUUCUUCCUGGGAGCUUCCAAGAAGACAGCAUGCGUGUUCCAGGAACUUCUGGGCCUGAGCUGUGGCACUGAGCGAGAAGACUGUGUGUCCUUAGUGGACGGACACAAGGUUCUCAAGACCCUGCAGAGCAUUAACUCUCUGGUGGACGAUGGACCCAAAGAUGAAAUCACUACCCAGGUCUGGGCCUUCACUCGGCAGGAUGUUCAGCUGUCCCAGGACUUUAUUCAAGGCACACAGGACUUCUCAGACACAUCAUUUAUACGCAGUCUGGACUUCUCCAAACCCGAGGAGGCAGAGCAACUGGUGAACAACUUUGUAGAGAAAACGUCAGACGGGAAGGUGAAGAGCGCCUUCAAAGAGUUGAACUCCAGCAGUGACCUUCUGUUCAUUACCUCCUUCAACUUUCAAGGCAGCUGGAGGACAGCUUUCCAGCCGGAGAAGACCCUUUUGCAGGAGUUUCAUGUGGAUGAAACAACGACAGUGAUGGCUCCACUGAUGACCCACACGGGUCAGUACCACUACCUGAAUGAUAAGACGCAGCAGUGCACCAUUGUUAAGUUGCCUCUGAGCAAACGGUCAUACAUGUUGCUGGUCCUGCCUUAUGAAGGAGCCGACCUCCGUGACAUUGAGUCGAGGCUGCGUACACACAUCAUGUCCGGCUGGCACCAGAGCCUCCAGGAAGUUCUGUUGGAGUUGUCACUGCCGAAGUUCUCCAUGUCUUCAGAGACUGAUCUGCAUGACCUGCUGACCAACAUGGAUCCAAAAGUUGAGGCCGAACUGUUGGGCUCCAAGGCUGAGUUCAGCCAACUCAGCAACACCAAACCCUUCACUGUAGAUAAGGUGGUCAAUAAGGUGCUGUUUGAGAUGUCAGAGGAAGGAGUAGAACCUCAAGACAAGAUACAAGAAGCAGGUGUCCCUCUGAAACUGUCCAUCAAUCGUCCUUUCUUCUUUUCAGUCAUAGAGGGAGACUCUAACGCCAUCCUCAUGCUGGGAAGGAUCACAAAUCCUACACUGUAAAGUUAUAUAGAACUUAAAACCAACAAAAACCUCUGAUAUAAAAAGAAAUUCAAACAUAAUAGACCUGUUUCCGUACAAUCUACUUUAUGGCCAACAGCCAAAGAUUCUGUUGGGAGUCAACACAUCACAUUUAGAUCAUACCCAUGUUUUUCAACUGAAAUGAUAAAACAGUACAUUUUGAAUUAAGCACACAAUUGCUCAACCAGAAUCCAUACAACCUGGUUACUUUAAGCAGAGUUGUUUUCAAGCAGCCUCUUAAAUCCUUUUUUUUUCUUUUAAAUGUAUUAUAGCUGAGUUCUACACAGUAUUUUUCAGUAGAGUAGGUACAGUAAGCACAAUUCUCAUUUGCUGAGUGACAUUGUAUAUUGUAACUAAGAGUUUAUUUUUGUUUUGUUACGGUUUGUGAUUGCUGAAAUAAAACAUUUGUUUCCCAAUGUUA